AUGGAGAGGCAGGUGGUGCAGCGGACUAAGGAGGCCUUCCUGAGCGGCAGGACUCGGCCGCUGGAGUUCAGGCUGCAGCAGCUUCACGCCCUGCAGAGGAUGAUCACUGAGAAAGGGACAGAGAUUUCCACUGCUCUCAAGCAGGACAUCAACAGGAGCCAAUAUGACACACCACUACUGGAGCUCAUUGGCAUUGAGAAUGAGAUCAAGCUGGCUAUAGAGAAACUGGCCGAGUGGGCAUCUCCUCAGCCUGUAGAGAAAAACCUCCUCACUAUAUCAGAUGAGGUUUAUAUUCAGCCAGAGCCCCUGGGAGUGGUGCUUAUUAUUGGAGCCUGGAACUAUCCCUGGGCCCUCACUCUCCUGCCCCUGGUUGGAGCUAUUGCUGCAGGCAAUGCAGCUGUUGUGAAGCCGUCAGAGCUCAGCGAGUAUUCUUCCCUCCUUCUCCGGGCUCUGCUGCCUCGCUAUCUGGACAAGGACCUGUACUCAGUAGUAACAGGAGGAGUGUCAGAGACCCAGGAGCUGCUGAGGCUGAGGUUUGACCAUGUCUUCUACACAGGGAACAGCACAGUUGGUAAACUGGUGAUGGAGGCUGCAGCUCGCCACCUCACCCCAGUGACCCUAGAGCUGGGAGGGAAGAGUCCCUGCUACAUUGACAAGAACUGUGACAUCAGAAUUGCCUGCCGUCGUAUCACAUGGGGAAAGUUUGUCAACUGUGGUCAGACAUGCAUUGCUCCAGACUACAUUCUGUGUGAACCCUGCAUCCAGGGCCAAGUAGUGGAAUGCAUCCGACAAACUCUACUGGAAUUUUAUGGUGCGGAUCCUAAAUGCUCACCCGACUACGGCCGAGUCAUCAACCAGCGUCACUUCAGCAGAGUCAUGAGUCUGAUGGAAGGUUACACUCCUGUGGUGGGAGGCCAGAGUGAUGCCUCACAGUGCUACAUUGCCCCGACAGUGCUGAAAGAUGUGCCUCCCCACUCCAGACUGAUGCAGGAAGAGAUCUUUGGCCCUCUGCUGCCCAUAGUGACUGUGAGUGACAUGGAUGAUGCCAUUCGCUUCAUCAAUGAGAGAGAAAAACCUCUGGCCCUGUACAUCUUCUGCACUGAUAAGAAGGCUAUAAAAAGGAUGAUUGAGGAGACCUCGAGUGGAGGAGUGACGGUUAACGACGUAAUGAUGCACUACACACUCAGCUCUCUCCCGUUUGGUGGUGUUGGUCAGAGUGGUAUGGGCCGCUACCACGGAAAACACACCUUCAAUCAGCUAAGCCACCAGAGGGCGUGUCUGGUCCGCUCUCUGGGCAUGGAGAGUGUUAACCUGGCUCGGUACCCUCCUCAGGACCGCCGGCGGGCGCGUAGGGUACGGAUGGCUCUCAAGUCACCCCUGAUUGACAUGUCCAAAAGGACGUUCUUCUGGGCUGUUGCUGCCACUAUCAUCGGCUUCGGCCUGUUUAUCACCCUCCUGGUGAUCCUGCUCAUAGCUGCAGGCCUCAACUGUACCUGCUGGUACUGGAGAGGCUUUUAUAACUAGAGACACUGCAGCUUCUCUAUCUUUGUAAGUCCAAAGAAUAAGAAGUGCCAGCACUGUGUGUUAAAUAUUAUGAACACAUACUGAAUCUUGUUUUAUAUUCCCUUAGAUCUAGAUAUAACCCUUAGAUCUAACUUUUAUUUGCUGCGUGUCUUAUUUUGUAUCAGAUAACCUCCUUGAGCAGCGAGACGAACAGGGUUAAAUACCGUCCAGAAACACUGUUCUCACUUGUUGUGGGGAAAUCUGAGUGUACACAAAUUUGAUCAUGAGGUGAGACAUACAUAGUCUACUUACAGUUUUAAAAUAAAAUCAUUAUUGAUAUAUUACU